AUGACGGCGGACCAGACGAUAGCCGCCGCCAACCCCACCAUGUCGCCGUCCAACGGGAACGGCACCGCGGGGCACGACCAACACCAACAACGACACCAACACCAACACCAGGAACCGCUCGCUCAGCAGCAACAACAGCAGCAGUCGCAACAGCAGUCUAACGGCGACCACCCGGACGACUGGACGCCGCGCAACAUGGAGGCCGACAUGCGCGCGCUGUGCCACGGGCUCAAGACCAAGGUCGACAACUUCCUCGCCGCCGACACCGCCGACGACGACGUCCUCCGCGCCGUCCAGCGCCAGGUCCGCGAGGCCAAGGGCGUCAUUGACAAGGCCCUCUCGCAGUACAGACCUGACGAGCUGGCCCUCUCCUACAACGGCGGCAAGGACUGCCUCGUCCUGCUGAUACUGAUCCUGGCCUCGCUGCCGCCGCACUUCCCGCCGCCCUCCUCGAAUCCUCCGCCGCCGCUGUCCUCGUGCGCCCCCGGAACGACCCCUUUCCCCGUCCUGCUGCAGGCCAUCUACAUCCGGCCCGCCGCGCCCUUCCCCGAGGUCGACGACUUCGUCGCCGAGUCGUCGCGCACCUACCACCUGGACCUGGCCACCAGCCGCCAGGGCCAGGACAUGAAGGCCGCCCUGGCCGAGUACCUGGCCGAGAUGUUCGCCGUCAAGGCCGUCUUCGUCGGCACGCGCCGCACCGACCCGCACGGCGCCAACCUUCGCCAUUACCAGGAGACGGACGGCGACUGGCCGCGCUUCAUGCGCAUCCACCCCGUCAUCGACUGGCAUUACCGCGAGAUCUGGGCUUUCAUAAGGGCCCUCGAGAUCCCCUACUGCCCACUAUACGACAAGGGCUACACAUCGCUAGGCGGCACAGACGACACACACCCCAACCCGGCACUUAAGGCCGAGAGCGGAAAGGAGGCGCAGUUCCGGCCGGCAUAUGAGCUGGUCGAGGACCGCGAGGAGAGGCUGGGUCGGGACUGA